GAUCAUGCUGAUCUCCAGGACAUUGUUUUGAAGCAAGACAAAGUUUCUCCAGAUCGUAGUCCACAAUGAUAUUUUUUCACUUUUGGCUAGCCAGAACACCAGAUAUUCUACAGAUUGCUGUGGUAUCAGGGAAUGAAGAGAUGAAUGUCUAUAUGCGACCAACAACUCAGAUUUGUCUUGAAGCUUCUGCGGCCACACGGCUGACAUACAUUGGUGGAGUACUAAAACAUAAAGGACAAACAGUUACAUCAGUCCCUCCAGAGGAUGGUCUUAGAUAUUUCCUUGAGUUUUUAAAGAAAUUUUUCAAGCCCAUUUUGGUUGGCCACAAUGUGCAGAAUUUUGAUGUCCCAGUCCUGGUGAAUCAGCUGGCAAAAUAUGGUUUAUUGGAACAUUUCAAAGAAAAUUUUUCUGGAUUUCUUGAUAGAAUGGAACUUGCAAAAAAAAAAAAUCCGGAAAAAAGGGAUUGAUGUAGAGAACUA